UUGUCAGCAGGGUAGAGGUUGCCAUCCAUCCUGAGUGUGUCCAUCGAUCCUGGCUCCCUGCAGUGGUCCCGCCUCCUUGCAGGUCUGUAAUCCCCACUCCCCCGCCCCCCACCUCACACACCAGUUGUGCUGUUGGGUCUUGGUCAACCCAGGAGGCUGUAGAGUUGCUGUUUAUAUCACUCAUGUCCCUGAGGUCCAGGUUUGUGCUCCAGGAACAGGCCAGGUGCACUGUUCAGCCACAGCCAGUCCCCUGGGUUUACGGGAGCCUGGCCAGCUCUUCUCCCUUGCUGUGGCGUUCAUUUCUACUUGCAUCUGUUCAAGCUCCCUCUCGCCUCUUCAGCACCACUAGAGGGGCCUCAUGGAACAAAGACCGUGCACAGGGUUGCCCUGAGCCCUAGAACCCCGUGUCCUUUCACACAUCUGUGUAUUCAGACUCAGCCAUGCCUUUCUCCCUGCGAGGAUCUUGUUUUGUUACAGACCUUGCCUGUUGUCCUGUGGCUGCAGCAGGGCUCUCCUGACUGGUUUCGAUGCAGCUGGAUUAAAGUUGAGGAUUCAUGUCAUAUAACAUGCGAACCAUUGAAUGUGGCACAAAAGGUCUGAAUUAUGCUUUUGUAGAUCUCAGGAGAGGCAGCAGAGACCCAGCCCAGCUAUAAGAGUUCCUCUGUACAUUCAUUUUUAGGCAUGCAUUGAACUCGCCAUGGCUCGUAUUUCUGGCUUUGUGUAUGUCAACACACAUAUAGGCAAGUGGGAUGGAAUACACUGACUCUUAAAGUCACAAUUUUUGUUGCAUAUAUUAGCUUUUACGUUUCCCAAAAUGUAUUUUAUGGGAUUCUUAAUUCACAGGAUGGGUAAAAGUCAAAACAAAUUUUGUGAUUAAAAACAUCUGGAAAAUGCUGCUGACUAUGGCUGUUUUUGGUUUUACAUGUGGAACUGUAGGUAGGGACAUCUCCAAAACAGGCCUGCAGACAGGAAACCUGUGAGUUUUGUUAAGCUUUGAUUUUCGGUGUUAUUUGUGAAAUCCCUCAUUGACCCAUGGCCAUCUGGUGGGGAGCAUGUCAGCAGACAGGCAGGCGUGGCACUGGAGCAGUAGCUGAGAGCUUAACAUCUUAUCCACUAUCACCCAGCAGAGAGCAGUACUUGGCCACCCCCAGGGACAGGCCACACCCCCUCCAACAAGGCCACACCUCCUAAUCUUCCCUAACAGUCCACCAACUGGGGACCAGACUUUCAACUAUAUGAGCCAUUCUCAUUCGAACCACAACAGAAGGAGGCAUCUACUUUCUGGCAUGGAAGAGAAACAGACGUCCUGGCGUCCUAUUGAUGAGAUGAAAUCCUCAGUUAGAGAUGUGAAAACUCAGAUGAGAACAAAGUCCACCUCUGUAUUCCUUUGUGCCUGGUGUGUUUUCUAGUGUUAAAUUGGAAUUGAACAGUCACUUUCUCAACUGUUUUGAGCUACGGAAACCUUGAAGGAAAAGCCGCAUCUGUUGCAGCAAUACCAAAGAUUUUCAUAACCUGAGGGAAGGGCAGUCCGUGCAUUGUUCACAGUUAGAGUUCACUGUACGUGUGUUGAGCAGUUGGGUUCAUGUACAUGCUCAGCAAAAAGUAGGGUCAUUUAGCACAAUUCACUAAUGUAUCUAAAUCAGUUCAGAUGGAAUACCAAUUAGAAAAUAAUUUACAGCUAUGGGCACCAUGGAAGAGUUGAAACUUAAUAGAGUCAGAUUAAAGAUCACCAAAUCAUCCCAGAUCACCUAACAUCCAGAUAGGAAUGUUAGUCUUCUGAAGGUUAAUUCACAUGGUUUCCGUUAAGAAGAGAGAAGGGCUGGAGAGAUGGCCCAGUGGUGAAGAGCACUGGCCGCACAGCACAAGGACCAUGUUCAGAUCCCAGCACCAUACAAACGCUGGGCGGGGUCUCAAGUAACCCCAGCACAGAGGCGGGCAGAGACAGGAGGCCCUCUGGGCCCGCCAGCUUCUGACCUAGUGGGGAAGUCCCCAGCGGACAAAACCAAACCUCAGACUCCAGGUCCAUUGAGAGACCCUGCCCUUGCACCCCACCAAAAGAAGUCCAAGGCGUAAAAGGAUACUUCCUUGAGCAUGCACAUGCUCUCUGACUGUCUCUGUCUCUCUCUCACACACUACACACACACACACACACACACACGCACGCGCACACACACACACACACGCAAGAGUGAAAGGAAGGAAGGAGAAAUGGAAUCCUACUGUAUUGGGUCUUGUGUUCUCCUGUGCUUUCUCACUGUUUCCUUAAAGCACGGCGAGAUGCCAGAAUUUCCCACAUAUUCAGUCCAUUUAGGUUUGGAAACCGAUUCCUGCAAAGUCUAAACCACAGCGAAGCAUCAGGGACUGAGUUUACCUUACUACACAGUUUCUUCCCUCUGUACCACACAGUACUGGCGCUGUUGAUAACUCUGGUCUCUCCUGAAGUUAAGAAACUGCUCCGGAGGGAGCACAGGCAGAAGGAGAGCUCCAGCUCAGGAUCCACGUAUGGCUUCCGGUCUCAGAGCUUCUCCAACCUGUUGCAGUCAUGGGAGCCUGAAGCAAGGGGCAAGUGAGGGCCAAGAGUCAACUGGGUAAAACCUACAGUGUCCAUUCUGCAGCUGGAGCUGAAGGGUUCUGACAGCCAAAAGCUUCUGGGGGUCAGGUAUGGAUGGCAGUGCUUACCUGUAAUCCCAGGGCUUGGGAGGAGGAGGUAGGAGGACUGUGGGCUUGAGACCAACCAGGCAAGAUCCUGAAUCUCUCUCUCCCCAAGAGAGCCCAACCCCUGUCCCACUGUCCCAGUCCAGCGAGGCUGAGGGCAGGACAAUGAGGAUUUUUGUUUGUUUGUUUUUCGAGACAGGGUUUCUCUAUGUAGUUUUGGUGCCUGUCCUGGAUCUCACUCUGUAGACUAGGUUGGCCUCGAACUCACAGAGAUCCGCCUGGCUCUGCCUUCUGAGUGCUGGGAUUAAAAGCAUGUGCCACCACCGCCACCCGGCUGACAGUGAGGAUUUUAAAGCAGGUUCUGUGACUGCCUUCUGAUGGUUGACUUCCUCGUGAAGACCAGCAGCCGUGUGGACAGUGUGAAGAGACCCAGGCAAGCAUCGCAUAGCUGCAGCAGGUCUCCGAGCACUGUGACUGCCGCAGGAGGCAGGCGGGACUGGAGAAGCAUGGGCUAAAGAUCAUCUGGCAAGGGAGUGCUGCCUGGAGAGGGUGGGCCAUCCUCUGGGGUGGGUGGCUUGGAUGACUUUUGAGGUUCUCUGUAGCUCUGUGCAUCUCAGACUUCUUUGUUUAUAAUAACAUACCCAAAGGUGCAGUACACCUAUUUAGAUAUCUUUUUUAAGCUUUUUAGUCUCCAAUAAAAAUUUUGGAUGACGGGAGAAGGAGAGUAAUGACACCUGACUGCCUCGCUCUGAUGCUCUGUCUUCAGAAAAAGCUCCAGAAAAAUCACUUGUCCUGAUGGUUAUCUUAGAGCUGUCCAUUUUAUAAGAACCUGGGGAGGAGAUCCCUGGGAGGAAGGCCUGGGAAAGAGUCAGGACACAAAAGCUGCAUCUCUGGUCGGCCCAGUGCUCCUGAGACAGGUGUCUGCAUCAUCUGUUGGGUGUCUCUCUGUCAAUUGCUUGCUUGGCUGCUGCAAGAGGCCAGGCCCAGCCGAGACAGUGAGAUGGCUGACUGCUCUACAGAGCUGGAGAAGGCAGUUGUCCUGGUGGAGAACUUCUACAAAUAUGUAUCCAAGCACAGCCUGGUCAAGAACAAGAUCAGCAAGAGCGGCUUCCGCAAGAUGCUCCAGAAAGAGCUGAACCACACGCUGAUGGACACAGGGAACCGAAAGGCAGCUGACAAACUCAUCCAGAACCUGGAUGCCAACCGCAUCAGCUUUGAUGAAUACUGGACCAUAAUAGGCAGUAUCACCAGCCCCAUGGCCAACCUCAUCCACCAGCAGGAGCAGCAGGGCAGCAGUUAGAGGCCCCUCUGGGCCCCUUUUCAUGUCCUGACCCAUGUCCCGCCAGUGUUCUUCCCAUGCUUUCCAUUGACUCUUUCCUCUCUUCUCCCUCCAGACCCUUUCCUACCCUUGUUGAACAGCACAAGGGGAUGGGGGGCUAUCACGGCCUCUUUGUGAGUGUCUCACUGUGGUCAUGCUUCCCUGAGCAUUCAGUCUCUGGAGGCUGCAGGCCCUGGGGGUCCCCUUUGUGAAAUACCAAUGCUGUUUGGGGGCCCCCCAAGAGUUUCCUCACCUGUCGAGUCUGUAUACUCUCGUAGUGUCUGAUGUUCCCGUCUGAUCCUUGCCUGAUUUUGGGUCUGUCCUGACCUCUGGAGGUGAGCUUGCUGCUUGAGGUCUCCCAGCUCCUGGCUGUGGCAGCUGUGGAAGUGGCAGCACCAAUACUACCUUCUUCUUUUCUUCCCAACCUCUUAGCUGGGUGGAGAGGCGUUCCCAGGGGCUCCCGUCCAGCUGUCUCUGUCUGGGAAUGACCUAACCUGGAUUGAGCCUCCUCCCUGCUCUGCCCCUGAAAUAAAGGCUGGAUUUGGAGUUUGUAAAAAAAAAAAAAAUUGGAUGACAUUAGAAAUAAGAAGACACUCCUGACACAGGAAAUGCCUCUAACCUUUGUGAGCCAAUGUCACUGUCUUAGUCACGGCUUCCAUUGCUGCAGUGAAACACCAUGACCAAAAGGGAGUUAAGGGGGAAAGGAUGUCUUUGGCUUACACUUCCACAGCACUGUUAAUCACUGAAGGAAGUCAGGACAAGAACUCAACAGGGCAGGAACCUGGAGGCAGGAGCUGAUGCAGAGGCAUGGAGGAGUGCUGCUUACUGACUUGCUCCUCAUGACUUACUCAGCCCGC